AUGAAACUCCAACCAGUUGACCAACUUGUGCAGUCUAUAUCAACUUACACGAUAAGACCUGUUUGGUCACAUGUUUAUGUUGCUCCCUUUGUUUUCCUGUAUCUAGUCUGGAUAUAUAUUUGGUACAGUGUUUACGGUUUUACAGAGUACUGGGAACUGGGAUGUAUUAUUAUGGCAAUAAUUGGAAUAUUGCAGGAAAAAAGUGUGAAUAAAGCAACUUACGUGAAAGUAGUACCAACUCCUAACAAUGGAUGGGCUGAAUUACUUCCACUUUAUCGUACAGAGUACGCAGACGGGACUGUCAAAACAUGGUUCGAGUUUCAAAAAGUACAUUAUUUAUACGAUAGAGAUCGGAACAUUUUCCGCUCAUUUGAACUCGAUUCGAAUAAACCAAUGUCCUAUUUUCAUGAGUACAAGGGACUGGAAACUGAGAGAGCAAUCACUGACGCGAAGCAAGAAUUAGGAGACAACCAUAUGGUGAUGGUAAUUCCACAGUUUAUGGAACUUUUCAAGGAGCGAGCUACAGCACCAUUCUUCGUAUUUCAGGUCUUCUGUGUUGGUUUAUGGUGUCUUGAGGACAUGUGGUACUAUUCGUUAUUUACUUUGUUUAUGCUUAUGACUUUCGAGGCAACGUUAGUUAAACAGCAGUUGAAGAAUAUGUCAGAAAUAAGGAAUAUGGGUAAUAAACCAUAUCCAGUUUAUGCAUAUAGACAGAAACGUUGGAAUCGCAUCCCAAGUGACGAGUUGUUACCUGGCGAUUUGAUUUCCGUCGGCCGUUCUCAGGAUGAACGAUGUGUUCCCUGUGAUUUACUUUUAUUAAGGGGACAAUGCAUUGUAGAUGAAUCGAUGCUCACUGGUGAAAGCGUUCCACAAAUGAAGGAGUCAAUAGAGGAUGUAGAAAAGACACAGUAUUUCAGUUUUGAGAAUGAUAGUCGAUUGCAUGUUGUUUUCGGUGGGACAAAAAUUGUUCAACAUACAGCUCCAGCAAGAAAUGAAGCGGGUUUGAAGGGACCGGACAGUGGUUGUCUUUUCUUUGUUUUGAGGACUGGGUUCAAUACAAGUCAGGGACGUUUGCUGCGUACCAUUAUGUUUGGUGUAAAGAGAGUAACUGCAAAUAAUCUUGAAACUUUCGCUUUUAUAUUGUUUUUACUUGUUUUCGCUAUUGUGGCUGCAGCGUAUCUCUGGAUUAAAGGCAGUGAGGACGAGUCCCGCAGUAAAUACAAAUUAUUCCUCGAAUGCUCACUUAUUUUAACUAGCGUAAUUCCUCCGGAACUCCCAAUCGAAUUGUCUCUCGCGGUUAACAACUCUUUGUUGGCCUUACAGAAGCUUGGCGUCUUCUGUACAGAGCCUUUCCGGAUUCCAUUCGCUGGAAAGAUUGACGUGUGCUGUUUUGAUAAAACAGGCACACUGACGACAGACAAUCUUGUUGUUGAGGGUGUUGUACUGGCCGAUUCUUAUGACGAAAAUGGAGAGUAUAAACUAACGACUAAUCCAGCAGAAGCUCCUGAUGAAACUAUUCAAGUUUUGGUGGCUUGCCAUGGUCUUGUGCGAUUUGAUGAGGAUUUGGUUGGAGAUCCAUUAGAGAAGGCUUGUUUGACAUGGGCUGAUUGGAAUGUCACAAAAAAUGAUACUGUGAUACCUAAGAAGUCGAAAAUGCAUCCUCUAAAGAUAUUCCAUCGUUUUCACUUUUCUUCUGCAAUGAAAAGGAUGACAGUGGUUGCGGGAUACAUAGUGCCCGGUACUAGCGAGACAAAGCAUAUGGUUGCUGUUAAAGGUGCUCCUGAAGUUCUCGAGCCUAUGUUUUCUUCUGUUCCUGCUAAAUAUAAAGCGAUUUAUCAACACCUUACCCGAAAAGGUGCAAGAGUAUUGGCAUUGGGAGUUAAAGAAGUAGGGACGCUCAGUUAUCAAGAGAUUCGAGAGAAGAAAAGAGAAGAAUUCGAGAAAGAUUUGAAUUUUGCUGGUUUCGUCGUUAUAUCGUGUCCUUUGAAAAAAGAUACAAGAGCUAUGAUAAAGGAGAUUGUUGAGUCUUCACAUACAGUCGUAAUGAUCACUGGUGAUAACCCACUUACUGCUUGUCAUGUUGCCAAAGUAUUGCGCUUUACCAAAAAGAACCUGUCAACGCUAGUUUUAGAUGAACCAAAAGUUCCUGGUGAUCCAUGGGUUUGGGAGUCAGUUGACGGGGAUAUCAUCCUUGACCUUUUACCAAGUUCUAAAGGAGCGAUGACUGAUUUUCUUAAAAACAACGAGUUUUGCUUGACUGGACCUGCUUUCCAGUACCUUUUACAGAGCCAUCAUGCUUUCCUCACUCAAAUUCUACCUUACGUGAAAGUGUUUGCGCGUAUGGCUCCAAAACAGAAGGAACGAAUUAUCAAUGAGUUGAAAGCUCUUGGUUACAUUACUUUGAUGUGUGGUGACGGAACAAACGACGUUGGUGCUUUGAAACAUUCAAACGUUGGAGUUGCUCUGUUGUCACACCCUUUUGAUGCAACGAAGGCUGAAGAAAUGAAGAAGAAGAAGGAGGAGGCUGCAAACGAGUCAGCGGCUGAUAAUCAGACAACAGCAACUGCGGCAUUUCCGGGGGGGAAAACAGUCGGCGGGGUCAGAAAACCUUUCGGGGGCCAUUUUGGACGUCGUGGUGAUGCGCCUGCUGGCGCACGGCCUUCUAGGCAUAUUAAUGCAGCAUCUAAACGCCUUGAACAAAUGAUGAAAGAAAUAGAGGAAGAAGAAAAAGCUCAGGUGGUAAGACUUGGCGAUGCCUCAAUUGCAGCUCCAUUCACGUCAAAAUACACUUCGAUUCAGUCAAUCUGCCACGUCAUUAAGCAGGGAAGGUGUACUUUGGUCACUACUCUUCAAAUGUUUAAGAUUUUGGCUCUUAACGCUUUAGUUCUGGCUUACAGUCAAAGUGUUCUUUAUUUGGAUGGGAUUAAGUUCUCAGACUCACAAGCCACAAUUCAGGGACUUUUACUGGCUGCUUGUUUCUUGUUUAUUUCGCGUUCACGACCUCUGAAAACUUUGGCUCAUCAGCGUCCAGUUCCAAAUAUAUUUAAUGUUUAUACGCUUUUCACAGUUGCUCUUCAGUUUGCAAUUCAUUUCGGAUGCUUAAUUUAUAUUGUUCAACAGGCCCAUAUAAUUGAGCCAAGAGAGAAGGUUGAUUUGGACGCUGAAUUCAAGCCGAACGUAUUAAAUUCUGCAGUUUACGUGAUGUCCAUGGCUUUGCAAGUGUCUACAUUUGCGGUGAACUAUAGGGGUAGGCCCUUUAUGGAGAGUCUUUUUGAAAACAAACCACUGCUCUAUAGCUUAUUCUUUUCUGGUGCAGCAGUUUUUCUUCUUGCUUCUGGAAUGUCGCCAGACCUAACCACUAAGUUUGAGUUAGUGGAGUUUGUGCCACAGUUCCGCAAUGCUUUGGUAGUAUGCGUUGGCAUAGAUCUAGUGGCAUGUUUUGUGAUCGAUCGGAUGCUAAACUUCAUUUUCGGUGAUGCAAGGGCAUAA